CGGGUAAGCGGACGCACAUGGAAGGCCACCAAAAAGCCGACCAACCGCACAAUGAUCCACAAAUCUCUGCGCAAAACAUACGACCAGCGCAUGCAGGAAACCCAGGACCUCAAGGCACUCAAGGCUAUUGAGCAGGGCUUGAAAGAUGAGAAGAAAGCCGAAAAGGAC